AAAGAAUCACUCAGGUCUCUCUCUCCAUGUGUCUCUCAGCAAUGGAACCCAAAUCCUCAGCCCUUCUUAUCACACUCUUGCUCAUAACCUACCCCAUCAACAUCUCCUACUGUGUCUCCCCACAGUCACCAGAAUCAUCACCUCUCCCUUCUUCACCUUCAAGACCCUCACCAUCUCCAUCUGUUCAUUCAGAGCUUGAACCCAAACAGUUGCAGGCCCUCCAUUCCUUCAACAUCUCCACUGCGAAAGACCCCUGCUUUGAACCUUCCCUCCACAAUGCCACUCUCUGCAACUCACAAAAGCCAUUCCGGCACCUCGUUUCGCUUCGCCUCCUCAACUGCUCUGACGAUGUCGAAAUGUCCCUCACCGCCUUGAAAUCCUUAAGCACAUUGCAAAAUCUCGAGUUCCUCAAUUGCCCCAUCCCACCCGUUCAAUUCCCAGACGAGCUCAUCGCUAGUCUCCGCUCCUUCACCUGCGCCAACAGUCUCCGUAAGUUAACCGAUGUGUGGCUCAGCCGUCUAAGGAAUCUCACCGAUCUAACGAUCUCCCAAGUGAUAGUUAAAACCCGCAGACCAUCGAUCAUUCUAGGGAACAUGAAGAAGCUCAGGUCAGUAACCAUCUCCAACACGAAUCUUACUGGGAUUCUCCCCAAAAAAUGGCCUUUGAACCUUACUCACUUUGAUUUAUCCGGAAAUCGUCUUAAAGGAAACGUACCCACUUCGCUAACUCUUCUCUCCGACCUUAAAUUCCUGAAUUUUUCUUCGAAUUCUCUUACGGGAGAGCUACCCUCCUCGCUGGGAGACCUGCUUUCACUCCGAAAUCUCUCCUUUGCGUCCAAUUCAUUGUCGGGUCCGAUACCUGAAUCGAUGUUGGAAAUCCCUGGUCUACUUCAUCUUGAUCUGAGCUCAAACCAUUUCAAUGGAACAAUACCGAAAUUUCUUACUGAGAUGAAAGAGUUGAAAUAUCUUAAUCUUGAGAACAACAACUUCCAUGGUGUGAUUCCCUUCAAUGGGUCUUUCAUAAAGAAAUUGGCCGUGUUCAAGGUAGGUGGUAACAGCAAUCUCUGUUACAACCACUCAAUUGUUUCUUCGAAGCUGAAGCUUGGGAUUGCUCCCUGCGAUAAAGAUGGGUUACCUGUGUCACCCCCGUCGGAUAGCUUAUACAAUUCAUUUGGGUCUUCUGACGAUAGCAGCAAAGACGAUUCACUCUUCCUCCACCAAGCCUUGAAUGAAUCUAGCCCCCAUUCCCAGGCUCCGGCUCCGGCACCCCCCAUGAGAGAUAAUCGGCACGAGCUAAGUAAGAUUGUUCUUGGAGUGGCAAUUGGGCUUUCAUCUAUUGUCUUUUUGAUUGUGUUCCUGGUUUUACUCUCCAAAUGGUGUGGAUGAAAGAUCGCUAAACCUGGUUUUGG